AUGCUGACGUCCGUUCGUGACCCCACCCUCCCCCCUUCGUCCCUCCCCACACCUCCCACCCCUCUCCCCCCUCUGCCCCCUUACCCUUCCCCCGUCCCCCUUCCCCUUCCCCUUCCCCCCUCCUACUUUACUUUGCCCCUUCCCCCUUCCCCUCCCCCCCUCCCACUUCCCUUUGCCCUGUCCCGCUUCUCAAUCACCCGUCCCCCUUCCCCUCCCCCCGUCCCCAUUCCCCUUCCCCUGUCCCGCUUCCCCUUCCCGUGUCCACAUCCCCCUCACCCCGUCCUCAUUCCCCUUCCAACGUCCCGCUAUUCCUUCCCCCGUCCCCCUUUCCCCGUCCCCCUUCCCAUUCCCUCGUCCCGCUUCCGCUUCCCCCGUCCCACUUCCCUUCCACGGUCCCGCUUCCCCUUCCCCCGCCCCCUUCCCUUUCCCCGGUCCCUCUUCCCCUUUCCCCGUCCCCCUGCCCACUUCCCUCUACCCUCCGCCCCUUUUUCCCAGGCGGUGUUGACACUCAACAUCAUGGCCAACCUCACGUCCGUCUUCACGUGGAACACCAAGCAGGUGUCGCUGUGGGAUGCCAUCGUGGAGCGCAAGGAGGACGCAGCACUGCAGUUCACGAGGAAGAUCUUUGAGUACUCGCUCAUGGACCAGGGGAACAGCCUGAGGGGUCUCCCAUUCAACCUGACGGUGCACUGGAGCGUGAUGCCCAUAGUGGGCGGCCUCUCCAUGGACAACAUCUCCUUCCCCGGCUUCACCAUGCCGCCCAAAUACUGCCCCUUCCACCUCCCUUCCCCCGCGUGCAUCCCUGUCUCCCUCACUCGCACACGGCAGGGGAACAGCCUGAGGGUUGGCUUGCAGCAGCACCACAUGCACGACAUGCACUUUGAGCAGGACGUGGAGGGGCAUGAGGACGAGGAUGAUGGUGAUGGGUUUGAGGUGGAAGGGCAUGACGAUGGGGAGGAUGAUGAUGAUGAUGAUGAUGAUGAUGAUGAUGAUGAUGAUGAUGAUGAUGAUGAUGAUGAUGAUGAUGAUGAUGAUGAUGAUGAUGAUGAUGAUGAUGAUGAUGAUGAUGAUGAUGAUGAUGCUUGA